GUUUCUCUUGAGGUUUUGAUGUCCUGGCCACACACCUCUGUGGUGCUCUGAGCCUGCAUAGGGCUGAGAUGAGACAGCCUGUUGUAGAACUCCUCUGCACACAGUGCUUUCAGUUAAGUGGUGCUGAAAGAAGGUACCAAAAAAUCUGCACAAGUUUUCAGUCUGAUUAAUUGGAUGGAUUAUGAAGAUAGUUGAAAAGCUAGUAACUCUCUCUUCCUGAAGAUGGAGGAGAACAGGGUGCCUCUCUUUUCUUUAACUUUGGAAAUAAAAUAAGAAUAGAAAAGUAGAAUGUCUCUGGAUUUCAUCCAGAGCUGAGAGUUUUCACAGGCUCUCAUACCAAGCACUUUUGAAAAGGAAUCUAUAGAGUAAUUUACGUGAGUGUUGUGAACAUCUUGCUCAAUUUGGAAAGACAUGUGUUUCAGAAUUGAUCAUACUGUUACACCUUUUUAUUAAUUAUUUCAGUAACAGGCAAAUGAAUUAUGUUAACAUUAGCAAAAAGAAAACAGGUAAUUUGUCAGCACCAGGAUGGGACAGUUACUGGUUAUUUUAACAAAAGUGACUAGUAGUUUAAAUAAUCUCUGGAACAAGACUUGAAACAAGGUAGCAAAACAAAUGUUCGAGAAUUCAAUUACGUCUGAACAGGUAUGUGUAGGAUAAUAGAUAAAAAGUUCUUCAGCUUACAAAACUCACGUAACAUUGGAAUUUCUGCUAGACCUGCUUUUCUGAGAACAGACUGUCUGCUGUUCAACUGGAGCACAUUCAGGAACUGAGGGAUACCAGUUAUUGUCCUGGUAUUGCUGCAGACUUUAACCAGGACAGUAAAAUCCAGACUAAUGAAAAUAUUUAGACUUUUGCUGCUGUGUAUUACUAGGCCUAAGUGACCUAAGAGCUCAGACUUGGGGAAUUGUAGAGUUGCUCUUUAUCUAGACAAAAUCCUAUGCAGUGUUUCUGGCACUUCACAUUGUGGUUGGACAACACCACCAAUCUGCAGUGAAGCUGAAUUGUCACUACUUUUGUCAUGUUUGUAAUUGCAUCCUCUGCUGUGCUUUAUUUCUUCACUAAUGCUUCACUAACUAGUUGUGCCUUUCAUCUUAUUCUUCUGGCUUUGGAAGACUAACCUGUAAGAGAGAGGCCUCAUUCUUACACCUGAAAACAUCCUCUGCAUUGCUAUUCUCACUUGUAUGCUUUAGGGACAUCCUUUUUCCCAGGAUAACAGAACACUGUACUGCCAUCAACUUUAAAUUGCCUGAUGAGGCAGCUGAUGUUUCAGUUCCACGAAGUACCAUCUUGCAGCCUAGGACAAGAAGAGUAUGCUUGGAAUCUUACAGCAAAUGGAGCAGAGUCAGCGUGAAACCAUUGCAAGGCCAGAGGAAAGACUUUUACAUCUGUGUGCAGAGGAGUUAAAGAACAAUAUUCAUUGAAAUUCCUGAGGGAAGAUCGUCCUCCUGAUUUUAGGGAGCUGGAUUUCAGUCCCAGCUGAGAAAUGCGUGAGGAGCAUUAUGGCACGCCCUACAAAUAGAAACAAUGUUGGGCGGGAUUAGCACAAAUAUCCAGAGAAAAUUUAUAAUCUUAUUCAUUGUGGAGGUUGUGGGAUGUUCAGAUGCUGAUGGAAGAGCAGCCUUAGUGAUUGGAUGUGAAAUGAGCCACCACUAUGAGGAAGCGGUGCCUGAACAUAUAGCGAUUCCUUUUAUUUUUCUUUUUUCCCUUGCCCAUACUGGGGAAUGAUCGGCUUUGGUUCUGGCAAGGCCCAUCCAGUCCCUGUUGUGCAUUGUCUUCUCUGUGCCAUGGCAGGACCCUGCCCUCCAAAUGCAAGUAGUUGCUAGCUGUAAUAGAUGAAAAUUCAGUGUCUUAAAAAAUUAAGAUGUCUUGCCUGCAGUGUAGUGCUACAAUGAACUAAAAUACAGGUUCUCUAAUUCUAUAACACUUUCCUCUCUGUCUUGAACUUUUUAUUUAAAUGUGGUCUGUGACUCUGUCACUGUGCUCCUGAUCAUAGUUAAGUGUGUUUUAUAUAUGUGCUUACAGAAACCCUAGGCUUUUGCUGCAGAGAACAGGAAAGGUGGGCUCACAAGCACUCUUGACAGAAAUAGGUAUGUUGGCAGAAACGGGAAGUUUCCAGUGUCUGUAGUGUUGGGGAAAAAGGGCACAGUGCAGUCUGAAGUGAGGGGAUGGAGGGAAAGUGUUAGUGGCAGCCUAGCUCUCAAUGACAGUUUGGUGUUUGCUGGAUUUCCCCUCCCUGGCAGCCUUUGGGGCAAAUGGCUGGGCCACCUUAGGGACUCCUCAGCUGCCACCCACUCCUGCAGCACAAAGAGAUUGCUGUCCUGCAAUACUCCUGUGAAGCUCAGGAACCAGGUAGGCUUCAGUGCACCACAGAGUGCUUGGGUUUCUACCCAGGACACAGCACUAGUGGUGUCACCUACCUGUCUGCUUAUCCACUUGUCAGUGUCUGCAUGUCCUCACUGUUGGCAGAGCCUUCAGCGAGCAAGUCUCACUUCCCAGAUGUGGUCACAAUGAGUGUGUCAGCCCCUGCAAUAUUUGACCAGUACAAUGGGGUCUGUCUUUCAGCUGAUUUUGAAAACGACAGCUGCUAAACCACUGGGAUCAGAUUGCUUUAAGGUGUUUAGAAGACCUUAAGCAUUUUGCCUGUGCCACACUAACAUUCUGGGUUUAUAUUUUCUCUAGAUGGGAUCUAAAUCCUUGCUAAAUAGGGUAAUAUAUGAAGGUGCAUUGUAAAGCUUCAACUGUUACCCAUUGAGAAUGGCUUCAGUGCCCCUGCAUUCCUUCUUGGAGGGGUGUUUUUUCUCCUUAGCUUUUUGUGGUUACUGGUAUAGGAUGGCUCAGUAUAGGUAAUAGAUUUGCUGUGCUACUUUGACACAGAAAUGUGAUGAAGUGCAGAAGAUAAUUGGGAUAUUGUAAUGCAUGUCUGCAGUACUGCCUGUAGUUGAACAGAAAGAAUUCUCUCAAGCACUGACAUGGAUUUGUGGGCAGCUGCCUGAAACAAUGCUGGAUAGUCACUUUAAUAAGUAAAAAGCUUUGUGGAGUCACAUGUUUCAGGAUGUUUUCAGUCGGCUGAAAAUCACUUUAGAGUAAAACUUUUCUAAUCAGCAGUUUAAAUCUAGUAAAAGUCUCUGUGAGGGAGGAAGAAAAUAAUUUAAUAAUUUGUUUUCCAUUGGGUUUGAACCAUUUGCACCUGUGAAAAUAAGAUUAAAGGGAACUUCUGCCUUACAGAGCCCUCUCGUGGUGAUGUGUGUAACAAAUGUGGGAGGGUUAGAAUUUGUUUUGUUUUUUAGUGUGUUUACCACUGAAAAUAGGAAAGCGGUUUUGUUUUUUUGUUUUGUGGGUUUUUUUAAUGCAAACGGUAAGUUUCUCUGCUCUCAUCACUUGUGGAUUGAAAUGUACUUUGUACAUAACUGAAAUACACUGAACCCUGUAAUGAAUUUUGCAUUGCCCCAUAUUUAUACAGGUACCUACCAAUUGAAAAAUGGACUUAAAGAAUCACAGAAUCACAGUAUCUUAGAGGUUGUAAGGGACCUCAAAAGAUCAUCUAGUCCAACCCCCCUGCCAGAGCAGGAUCACCCAGAGCACAUCACACAGAAACGUCUCCAGGAAGGUUUUGAAUGUCUCCAGAGAAGGAGACUCCACAACCUCUCUGGGCAGCCUGUUCCAGUGCUCUGUCACCCUUACAGUAAAGAAGUUUUUUCUGAUGUUUACAUGGAACCUCCUAUGUUCCAGUUUGCACCCAUUGCCCCGGUCCUAUCAUUAGACAUCACUGGAAAAAGCCUGGCUCCAUCCUGCUGACCCUUGCCCCUAACAUAUUUGUAAACAUUGAUGAGGUCGCCCCUCAGUCUCCUCCAAGCUAAAGAGGCCCAGCUCCCUCAGCCUUUCCUCGCAAGGGAGAUGUUCCACUCCAUCAUCUUUGUGACUCUGCACUGGACUCUUUCAAGCAGUUCCCUGUCCUUGAACUGAGUGGCCCAGAACUGGACACAAUAUUCCAAAUGUGGCCUCACCAGAGCAGAAUAGGGGGGGAGGAGAACCUUUCUUGACCUACUAACCACACCCUUUCUAAUAAACCACAGGGUGCCAUUGGCCUGAGAAGUUGCAUUUUGUUGCUGCUGGUCUGAGACAAGCGGGAAGAAAAAGCAUCUACUGAGGCUAUAAAGUGCUCUUCUAAUACUAGUAAUUCUGUUAUUGGAGGAUAAAAACAGCUGGAGGUUUAUUUUUUUUUUUUUUUUUUUUGUAUGCCAGUAUUAAAAAACAGUGUGUUAAGCCAUAUUUUAUCUGGCUUAGGAACUGCUUCCAACUUUCUGGAUUAUUUGUAUGCUUUAUUUCCUUGCUUUGUCUUUUUGGCUUUGUUUUAUGAACUGCAGUGUUCUAGAAAAAAAGGGAUGGACUUUAGAGUAAGUGUAUCCUGCUUUGUAAAGAAAUUGACAUUUGCGUCUUUAUAUUGUGCUGUAGUUUUGUGUGUUCACUGUGGUGAUGGGAAUUAAUUCCAAGCCAGGCUGAUGACCAACUGACCUGAGCCAACUUUUGUUGAGGUUUCUGAAGCGUUGCACAAGAGGCUUGAAGGAAAAAAGUUUGGGGGCAUGUGACAGUUAAUCUCUUUAGCAAUAAGAAUGAAGUUUAAGCACACUGUUGGAAAUGUACUUACUUCUGUGCUGCUCUUUGUUUUAAUUAACAAUAUCCUGCAUAGAUUGGGAGUGUAAACUUCUUUACACCUUAGUCCAAUUAAAUCAUGCUUGGAGGCUGUCAAUGGUGGGGGGAACUCCCCCCUGCCUCCCUUUUUUUUUAAUUGUUCAGUGAGUUGAAUAAUGAAUUUGCCUGACAGGUUUUGUAGUGUUUUGUCGCCUCGAUGAAUGAUUGCGGAGGAUAGACGAAAGUCUCUUUUGUCCAAAAUGCAUUGGAAUGAUUCAUCCAAUUCCUCAGAAAGUGACAAUGAAGCUCAUUCAGCCUUUACACAGACAGAGCACAACAUAGUUGCAGCUUACUUAAUAACUGCAGGAGUGAUAAGUAUUUUCAGUAACAUUGUUGUGUUAAGCAUCUUUGUUAAGUACAAAGAGCUUCGGACAGCAACAAAUGCAAUUAUCAUCAACCUGGCUUUUACUGACAUUGGUGUUAGUGGCAUUGGUUACCCCAUGUCUGCUGCCUCCGACCUGCAUGGAAGCUGGAAAUUUGGAUAUACUGGGUGCCAGAUCUAUGCUGCGUUAAAUAUCUUUUUUGGAAUGGCGAGUAUUGGUUUGCUCACUGUUGUUGCAGUUGACCGAUAUCUGACAAUCUGCAGGCCUGACAUAGGAAGAAGAAUGACUACCCGUACCUAUGCCAUUCUAAUCCUUGCUGCUUGGAUAAAUGCAGUCUUUUGGGCUUCCAUGCCCACUGUAGGCUGGGCUAGCUAUGCUCCGGAUCCCACUGGAGCAACAUGCACAGUAAAUUGGAGGAAGAAUGAUAUGUCCUUUGUUUCCUACACAAUGAGUGUAAUUGCUGUUAAUUUUGUUGUACCCUUAACAGUCAUGUUUUACUGUUAUUACAAUGUUUCCCGGACAAUGAAACAGUAUGCCAGUAGUAACUGCCUGGAGAGCAUCAAUGUAGAUUGGUCUGACCAAGUAGAUGUGACAAAGAUGUCUGUUGUGAUGAUUGUAAUGUUCUUGGUGGCAUGGUCUCCAUAUUCUAUUGUGUGUUUAUGGUCUUCCUUUGGAGACCCAAAGAAAAUUUCUCCUGCAAUGGCCAUCAUAGCUCCUCUCUUCGCAAAAUCUUCCACAUUCUAUAAUCCCUGCAUUUAUGUUGUUGCAAACAAAAAGUUUCGGAGGGCAAUCCUGGCAAUGGUGCGGUGUCAGACAAGACAAGAGAUAACUAUAAGCAAUGCCUUGCCCAUGAGUGCAUCCCAAAAUGCACUGAGACCAUAGAGCUCAUGUCAUUUGCCUGAAUAAAUUACAUGGAAAGGAGUGAAAUCAGGGUUAAAGUUAAUUAAUCUUUUGGGAGAUAAAUCUUUUGGAGUAAUAAUCCACCCCAGCAGACCAGCUGUUUUCUGUUAAUCACAGUAAUCUUUUUAGAUAGGUUAAGAAAACAAAAAGACAAAAACCACUAAGACUUUAAUUUUUGAGAUUGAGGUUUAUUGGCCCAAUAUGUCUGUCCUCAAAAAAAAAAGGUAGUGAAGUCAUCACUGUGAUUCAGACAGUGUUGGACAAGGUGACAUAGGGGCAGGGAGAGGCUGAAGCAGGAAAUUUUAUAUUCACUAAGGUAGAUUUUGUACCUUUCAUGAAUAACUUUCCCUCAACUUCCCUUGAAAAUUUUCCAGACUUGGAAUAUUCUGGAUUCUUCCUGUGUGAAUAUGUAUCUAUACCAAGAGUCCGUGUUGAUAAGCUUUACAAAGUUCUGUUUCUGUCAAUAUGUUAAGAUUUCAAAAUAUCUAGCCUAAUUCUAUAGAACCUGUUAUCAGCUUUUAGGAUUUUGAAGGAAUUUCAGGGUAUUUAAUGCAUUUUUAAAGUUUUGGCUCACACAACCAAAUGAAUUUGUAGGAAAGACAGCUUUUGUUUUAGUAGUAGUACAUUUCUAGUGCUUGUGACUGCACAGCAAGUCCUCAAAAUGAGACAAAAUGCACCCUAAAGUUUGGCAUUUGGGAGGCACAUAAAACAGAGUAAAUAUUUAUGGUAAUUUCUCAUAAUUUCAAAGUAAAUCUCAUGGCUAUGUUGGUCUGUUGUGUAAUUUUCAAAAAAUACCUUUGGCGAUGUGAGCAAUGGAUUUAUUCAGGAUGGAAAAGAUGACUGUAUACAUCUAUUUAUGAAUGGUGGUAUAUGCACUCUUGAUGAUUCUCAGGUUUUGAGAAUAAAUAUCUUCUAUGAUUAUGUGUGCAUGCAUCUGGAGUUUGGCUUUGCAGUGU